AUGCAGAAUGCUUGUAUCAGUCCUAUACAAAUUGAGCAACGCGCGUUCGUACUAUCGUCAUCGCGUAAUAAUCGCGACAGUUGGGCGAAAAUUCUGAUUAAUAAGUAAUUUUCGAGUCAGGGAAUUCCUCCUACGAAUGAAACAAUUGGAAAAAUCAUGCCGUCGAUAAAGUUCGUGUGGUUUGGUUUUAAGUAACAUCUCGAAAAUACUUUCUUGAAAAAUUCGCGAUGUGCGGUUGAUUAUUCUGUGUUGUGCAGUUUUUGAUUUUAUUAUUUCUCCAAGAUGUUGAUUAGUUACGGAGCUCGCGAUAUUGGACUUUUUUGGAAGAUACUGCGCGGGAGUUUCAUUAUUAACGCGGUUGUAUUCUCGUUCACUGGCACUUUUGCAUUCAACUUAGAUUCGAGUUCUUAUGUUACCUACAAUGGGCCACCAAAUUCCUUUUUUGGAUUCUCUGUGGCAGGAUAUAUUGAUAACAGUAAUAAAAGCUUAGUACUUAUCGGAGCACCACAAGAUACAGAUACACUCAAAGGAUCAAAUUAUAAAGGAGGUGCUGUGUACAUCUGUGAUGCGGAUAAGCCGGAUACCUGCCAAAAAGCCAAAUUUCCUGGUGAGCAGAAUUUAACAGGCGAGAAUCGAACACAACAAUGGCUAGGCGCCACUUUGACAAGUACCGGAUACAAGGGAAUCGUAGUGGCUUGCGCUCCAAGAUACUGGGUUAAAUACAAUGAGUAUUCUGAUCCCAAUGGAUUUUGUUAUUAUACACCAACGAAAGGGCAAUUACAUUUCAGCGAGUCUUACAAUCCUUGUCGAGCUUCCUCAGCAAAAGAUUCGACUUAUACAGGUAUAGGCUCCGGUCAGGCUGGUUUCAGUGCUGCGAUAGCAAAAGAUUCAAGCAGAUUAUACGUAGGAGCAGUUGGCACUUAUCACUGGAAAGGAAUGGUGUUCGCAAGAGACGCCAAACCUCUUCCUUCUGCGAGUAAUUCCUUCAAGGAGAUACCAAAAUUCGAAGAUUCUUACAUGGGAUAUUCCAUGACAAGUUUGAAUUUUUUCGAUAAAAGCAAAUCAGGUAUAGCAGUAGGCAUUCCACGAGCGCUCAAUGUAUCCGGACAGGUAGCAAUAUUCACACCAAUUUUCGAACGAGUAAAAACUUUGAAUGGCCAAGAAUAUACGGAUUAUUUCGGAUACUCGAUGUGCACUUCAGACGUGGAUGGAGAUGGAGCAGACGAUUUAAUCAUAGGUGCGCCAAUGCACGCGAAUACAAAAAAUGAUAAGGAUUACGAAAUGGGGCGAAUUUAUGUAUUUUACCAAGGUAAAAUCAAGUGCAGAGAGACGGAUUUAAAAUGCGCAGAAAAAAUGUUCGCAAGAAACGAAACCAUAGAUGGAGUGGAUUCGGGAGCACGAUUUGGUUCAGCUUUGGCCUCGCUGGGUGACAUAAACAAGGACGGAUACGAAGAUAUUGCAGUGAGUGCUCCGUACCAAGGAUCUGACAAAUAUAAUGCAUGCGCAAGUGCAACUCCGACUACAGGGGCUGUUUAUAUUUACCUCGGUUCAAAAAAUGGUCUCAGCAAAACUCCUUCGCAAGUGAUCAAAGCUUCAGAUGUGACCCACUUGGGAAAAGCAUCUCAGUUGAGCGCCUUCGGUCAUUCAUUGUCCGGUGGAUUGGAUCUCGAUAAAAAUCAAUACCCUGAUUUAGUAAUUGGGGCAUACGAAUCUGAUGCUGUAUUUCUCUUCAAAUCUCGACCAGUUAUCAAUUUAACCGCGAGUCUUUCUUUUUUGAUUAAAACAACAAAACGUGGAAAGGUUGUCCCCUUGGCGAGGAAUACAUGUAAUAAUGAAACAAUAAAUGAAAACUAUGUUUGUGUCACGCUCCAAAUCUGCAUGGAAUAUAACGGUGUCGGUGUUGAAGAUCGAAUUGACAUCGCCACACAUAUUACGCUCGAUACAAGAUAUGCGGAAACUUCCAGAAUGCGUUUUUUCAAGAACGAAUAUAGUAUUCUAAACUCAUUCCUUACCUUAACCAAGAACAAAAAACGAUGCCAAAACGAGACAAUUUACGUCGAUAAUACGGGCCCGAAUAUUGAAAAAGUCACUCCACUGGAAGCUACCCUCCAGUACGAACUUGUUGAAUCGAAGAACAAAAAAGCACUCUCCAGCAUACUAAAUUUCGGACCCACAACUCGAACAGACAGCUUCAACAUUUCUAGGAACUGUGGCGAUGAUGACAUCUGUUAUCCCGACUUGAAUUUGACUAUUAUUCCAAACAUCACACAAUAUGAGCCACUUUCCAACGUAGAGUACCUGAACCUUCAAGUAUUGGUUAAAAAUAACGGAGAAGAUUCGUAUGGGAGUCACUUUACAUUGCAAGUGCCAAAAGGCCUUGAAUAUUAUGAUUAUGAAGACGCUCCUCAAUCAGAUAAAGCUGCUAACUUGAUAAAUCCUGAUGGUGAAAACAUCACUUUCAGCAUUGGUCACCCUUUAUCAGAAAACCAAAAGGUCAAUUUUAGUGUAAUCUUGCGCAUAGACAAGACUUUCGAAGAUCAGAGCUCAGCGUUUCACUUUUGGGCCAAAGUGAGUAGUGAUGAUCCGGAAAAAAAGGAGACUCUGAAUGAUAACAUAUUUUUGUUGGACAUCCCUAUCCAUGAGACAGCCAGUCUACUGAUUAACAGCGCAUCGAACGGUCAUGCUGCCUAUAACCACUCGCAGUACAGGGCAGAAACUGUUCACAAAGAUAUAGAAGCUGGACCGAAAGCUAUACAUCAAUACAUCAUUAAAAAUUCAGGCACUGCGAGUCUAAGUGAAGUCAGUGCGAUAUUUUUCUGGCCGGUGAAAUUAACGAAUGGUGGAGAUUUGUUGUAUCUUAUGGAGCAACCGAGGACUCAAGGUUCAAUUCAAUGCGAUUAUGUUGCAAAUGUCAACUAUAAAAAUCUAACCAAAAUACGUCCUUACAAGAAUAUAAUACCGUGGACCAACAACAGUAAACCAUUUUCAACUAAUAAUCCUAAACCGCAAAAUCAAACAAUUUCCAAAGAUGCAUCAAACAAUACGGUUUCAUUUAAUAGCACAGAUUAUCAAAAAGUUCGAUGCACAAUUAGAAAUUUGUCAAGAGAAGAAGAAGUUUCAGUAUUAUUUCCAUUCGUUUUUUGGAUGGAGACAAUUAAAAAGAUUGCAGGUUUGAGAAACAAAUCCAUAGAAAUCGGCUCCUGGGUUGAAGUAAAUGUCAUAAAGUUAUCACGAAACGCAACACAAAUACCCGAGAAGACAUACAUUGAAGAAGCAAUAACUACUAUCGAAUUGAUCAAGUCUCUUGAACCUGACGUGAUUCCUCUGUGGAUUGUUGUCGGAUCGUCUGUCCUGGGUGUUCUCAUAUUAAUAUCAAUGAUCUAUGUCUUUUACAAGAUGGGUUUCUUCAAGAGAAAUCGUCCCCCGACACUUCCAGCAUCAGAAAACCAACGCCUUAAUGAUAUUACGUCGAACAAUGAAGAAUAAGGGGAAUUGUAAAUUUCAUCAGUACUGUGGCUGAACCUCAGUGAGCUGAACUUUGGCUCAGUAUACUCAAGUGUCUGUUUAGUCAAUAUUAUUAUUUUUGGAUCGUUGGAUACUCGAGCACUUUAGGUACAUUAUCAAGCGCCUGACUAAUCUUCCUGAUGAUUGAUCAAUGUGGUGUAUGUAGGAGGGGAAACAUUAUGUACUUAAGAGCAACUCACACUAUACUCAAGAACAUAAAUGCAAUCCUCAAUAGGUAGUUCCUAUAUUGUUUAGUACAUAUUAUGAACAACGAUGUUUAGUUUUAAAAACUGUACACACAAAUAUUAUAUUCAUUUUAUAUUUUGGGAA